GCGCUAACAAAAUAUAAAAAAAAAUUAGGCUUAUAAUAUAUAAUCUAGGCAAAUUUAAAGGAACAUGAUAAUAAAGAAAUGAAUGUCCGAGUAAAACAAACAAAAACUUCGGGAUUUAGCAGCCAUUCUUUAUUCUAAUCUGAUUUUCCCGUGCGUUUAGAACUGCAGCAUAGAAGAAGAAGAAUUCGGAAAAAUGUGUAUACAAAAAGUAUAAAAUAUAGAGUGUUCAAUUAAAUACGGUACAUAUAGGUAUACGUAUAAAAGUUAAAGGCAAGGCUUACGUUUAGAAAUCGCAAAAUGACGGGCAUAUUAUAGUUUUUUUCGUCUUGCUCUCCACGGGGGAGUAGUUUCUAAGUGGACCAUACAUACAUAUGCACAUACACACUGCGCAGUGUGUAGCGUACGCGCGGCCUAGAAAAGUUGAGGAAAGCGAGAGAAAAAUCUAGCUAGAGUCGGCGGUAUUGCUGGGUUAGAAGUGGUCCGUUACUGUUUAAUAGAAAACCACCAUGACCCUGGAAGCUGGAGCAACGCAAACGCAACCCGUGGUUGUAUACCAUGGAAAAAUUGCAGGGCUCUACGAUCUGGAGGAGACAUUGGGCAGUGGACACUUUGCCGUGGUAAAGUCCGCGCGGCAUAUUUUCACAGGUGAAAGGGUUGCAGUAAAAGUCGUAGACAAAACAAAACUGGACGCCGUAUCGAAGUCGCAUCUCUUUCAGGAAGUGCGCUGCAUGAAACUUGUCCAGCAUCCGAAUGUUGUUCGCCUAUACGAAGUUAUCGACACACAAACUAAACUAUAUCUGGUGCUGGAAUUGGGCGACGGCGGCGAUCUGUAUGAUUAUAUAAUGAAGCACGAUGCUGGACUUAACGAAGACCUGGCGCGUAAGUAUUUUCGUCAAAUUCUACGUGCGAUUACGUACUGUCAUCAGCUUCACGUUGUGCACAGGGACUUGAAACCGGAGAAUGUGGUAUUUUUUGAAAAAUUGGGCUUGGUUAAACUAACAGACUUUGGAUUCAGUAACAAGUUUUCGCCGGGUCAAAAGCUAGAGACAUCCUGUGGCAGUUUGGCGUAUUCGGCGCCGGAAAUCUUAUUGGGAGAUUCUUACGAUGCGCCGGCAGUAGAUAUAUGGUCGCUUGGUGUUAUACUUUAUAUGCUGGUUUGUGGUCAACCGCCUUUCGAAAAGGCCAACGACUCGGAAACUCUUACUAUGAUCAUGGACUGCAAAUACACUGUGCCAGCACACAUUACACAAGCUUGUCGACACUUAAUUGCAUCCAUGUUGGUUCGAGAUCCAAAGAAACGCGCCACAGUAGAAGAAAUUGCAUCUUCAGCUUGGCUGAAGAAGACAGAUGAGCCUGACUCUAUCGAACACUUUUUACCGUUGGCGAGCCGCGAUCAGAUUAGUGAGGAAGAUCACGUUUUUAUCAUACAAAAGAUGACUAAUGGAAAUAUUGCGUCCAAGGAAGAAAUUUUGCAGGCAUUGGAUAAAAAUCAGUACAAUCACAUAACGGCCACAUAUUUUUUGCUCGCAGAGAUGCGUUUAAGAAGGCGACGAGAGGAGCAAGCGCAAAAAAAAGGAAAUGCAACUCGUAAGCCUGGAACAGUAGAUAACAAGACGAGUUCAAAAGAAGGCCCUAAAGUUGUAGUACCGAUAAGCAUUAAUGUAACUCCGGCCGGCCAGAUAACAAAUGAUAGCAGCAAACCCGACAAACGUAGUAGAAAAUGUAGCAUUGUGCGUGAGGAAGAUGAGGAUGAAUCGGCCAAUGAGACCUGUGGCAUUGGAAAUGAGCUUAGGGUGGCAACAGCGCGACGCGAGUCUAUAUCCGAUGGACGUUUAAAUCGUUCAGUGCAGGAGCGCACUAACUCUCCAGCUCCUGCUGCCGAAGUGCCAAGUAAUACACGCACAAAAAUCGUUGUAUCAGUCGAUGCGACGCUUGCUCAAAAGCUUAAGCAAAUCGACAGAAGUGCCAAAGAGGACGAGGAUACCAUUCAUGGCUUAAAGGAGCUCGAAAUAGGCAAAUUAAAGCCGCUGCCAAGCGGUAGUAAAAAUCCAGUGCUAACGCAUCGGCGGACAAAAUUGAAUAAAAUACGAACCCCAUCCUGUAGCAGCUCUGAAGCUUCGGACGAUGAUACCAAGACGCGAAACAAAAAGAAGAUGAACAAGUUUGUUGGGGACACACCCACACGAUUUCGCAUGCAUCGCCGUGACUCCCAUGACGACUCUAGUGAUUCACAAGAUCAAUUGUAUCCCCAGCAGGGCUCGCAUGGCAAUGCAGCCGCUUUUAUUUCGAAUAGUAACUCUGGCGUAAGUGGAAAGAAAGAGGGACAAUGCAAAGAGCCAAAUAAAACCGAAGAAACGCGAAAAUCUCAUACACAAAAGAAUAGAAAACAGCAGCACAAGGAUCAUGGUGAUAAACAUUCCCAUUCGGAAAAACAGCAAUUGGUGUUAUCUCAGAGCACAACACGACGAAGGCGCAUACGUGAAAGUCAGUCAUUGGACCGCAUUACAGAGGCUCAAGAAUAUGAAAUGCGCCAUCGAUCAUCAGCAACAACAAUAACAACAACGACAACGCUACAUAUCGAGCAAAGAAACUCAUUAUUUAAUUUAAAUACAUUCUCCGUUGCCGAAACUAAGGAAGAGUAUGACGAAGAGUCCGAAAUCAUUCCGGACGCCGAUGAUAAUACGGACCAAAUUAUGAACACUUUGAAUGCAGCCAAAGCAACGCUUGAACAAAAGCAAUAUUUAAAUAACACCAAUAUUAAUAAGAUCUACACCAACAACAAUAAUAACAAUAACAACAACAACAACAAAAAUAAAUCCAACGAAACACCAAAAGAUAUUUAUAAUCUAAAUUCGGUCGAGGACAUCGAUUUGAUUUUAGAGGAUAAAAGCCUUACCAAAGCAAUACACAUUACCGGCUCUAAGUGCUUUGUCACUAUGAAGAAAAUUCGUAGGCUCGGAAAAUAUUUUCCAGUAGUCAACUUUUCCUAAUGGUUACAUUGCAAAGUGCGUUCGUAAUAUUAAAGUUAAUAAGAAAAAAUAAUACAUUUAAAUUAUUCAUGUAUUUAAAUUAAAUAAAAAGGAUUACACU